GUAACUUCCGGUUGCGAUUACCGACGUGGCUGUGUAUUGAAUUGGACAUGAAAUUCGAGAUGGUCCUUUGCCAACAUCCCAGCUACUUCAACGCUAUUGUAACACAACACAGCCCCCGCCACUUUCAAAGACAGGACCGAAUGCAUUUGUCAAGUUUCACUCUGAUGCUUCAUUGACCGAUAAUGGAUUUCAUAUUACUUACGUGGCAAUUUCAGCUCGUCAGACUGAUAUGUGACAGAUAUUCUGCUGUACACGACGUGUACAGUAAACGUUGACUCGAAAGAAAGGGACACACAGCCGAACAACGUAAACAGUAAACCCUGACUCGGAAAAAAUAGAAACAAACACAAACGAUGUUUACGGUAACUGCGAACAGAUGACCCGACAAAAAUGCAGGGAUGUCUGAAGGCCGAUUUGUGUAUGGAUACGCUUACAAGUAUAAACUGGCAGGGACUUAUUGGAGUACGUUGCAAGAGGAAGAUCAUUCAUAUGUGAAUCAAAAAUGUUUGUGAACGAUUUAUUCUGUUUCCGAAGAAUAUUAGCAUGUUCUGUGUUAGUGACAGUUAUAGGGAUCGCCUUCUUCUGCUCAUUGGACACCGAUAUAUGGGUAGACAAAGAAAAGCUACAAGAAGAAUUAACGAAGAAAGAAUACGAAACUGAUAUACGCCGGACCUUACCAAAGCACGCGUUAGAAAGACUCGAUACGUAUAUGAAGUUAACUGAUUUAAAGGACUAUUUGUCAUUGGUGAAUAUUUCAACAUCAGUGAUAAUCAUUAGGAAUGGCAAAUCUGAGGUAAACAUUGGAGAUGACGUCAUUGUCGACAUUGAUUUGUACAACGGUAGAGGCGAGCGAUCAACUCGCGGAGGUGACAUGCUCAGGGUGUGGCUUCGAGAACCUUCCCGUCAUGCAUCUGUUUCUGGAUAUGUAUUCGACCAUGGUAACGGAUCAUAUACAGGAAUUGUUAAAGCUAUGUGGACCGGCAAUCCAGAGUUGAUGUUUUCUAUUGCAAAUACAAAGGAACAUAUUGGAGUUUUCAUGAAUAUUGUGCAUAAAUAUGGCUUGAUCAAGUUUCUUCGAGCAAGAUUCAUGAAAGGAAAGUUGACAGAGGUCACAUUAUGUAGCAUCAUGCCAAAUAUUCCAAAGAUAACAGAUUACUGCAACUUUACAACCCAGAACUUCAAUUUUUCCUUUUUCUGUGGUAAACCAAAACAUAUGGAUUGUAAAGAUUGGGUUUUGUAUGCAGCAUCUUCUAGCUACUCCUGCAACGCGAAGAACAUAUCACUAAUGCGGAAUAAGUAUAUCAGAAAGAAAGUAGGGAAGGUGAAGGUAUUAGCUGGUUCUGGUAAUACAGGAGAGUCUGAUAUUCCCUGCCAUGACGUCAGCAGUAACCUAACUUGGCACACAUCUAACCCGACUGGCUACUUCUACAAGGGUAAAUGGCGACCGUUAAUCUGCAAACCUUCAAUCUCAUGGAAGUAUGAAUCAUACGCCAAGUGUUUAAAGAAUCGGCCGGUACUCAUGACAGGUGACUCCACCACAAGGAAUUGGUAUGUUCCUUUGACCAAGCUGUUAAAUCUAACUAUAUCCGAUGGACGUCAUGAAAUUAAGGACAAAGCAUGGCAGAAAUUUGCUGAAGCAGGAAACAAUAAAAAAUCGCUAUCAUUAUAUUGGACACCACACGAAAUUCCCUUCUACGGUUCUGAAAGAAUCGAACAAAACAAAAACAACUUCCGGUCUGUAGCUUCAAGAAUAGACAAUUUGCCUAAGCAAAGAAGUAUCAUUCUCAUAUUACAUUGGUAUGCUCAUUUGACGAGAACAACUCCACAGCAGUAUAGAGAGCAUGUGACGAGUGCCAAACAUGCUGUAGUGCGUCUUUUGAAACGUUCUCCUCAUUCUAAAAUUCUGGUAAAGGGUCCCCACUCUUACACACAUAAAUUCUUUGUCGAACCAUUCGACUAUAUCAGUAGAAUUUACAGACAAAUUCUGUACGAGGAAUUCAAAGAUUUGCAGGAUAAAGUAUAUUUUAUCGAUCAAUGGGAUGCAACUAUAGCGAAUGAAAAUUUUGACAUACAUCCGAAACCUGCAUUAGAUCCAAUAAUGGUUAAUUUCGCGUUUUCAUUUAUUUGUAAAUAAUGAUUCAGUGAAGAAUUAAAUAGGUCUACUCAGGUCUAUUCUGGCAUAACCAACGGUGCGUGUUUUAAUAUUUUAAUAUCAUUCAAUUGUUUAUGGAAGCAAAAAGAGCUGCUUUUAAUUAUUUACUAGCUUGUUUAUUCUGCCUCGGUGUUUGUGGUCCCCAUACUACUGUCCCGUAUUCUAGUGUGGCGAACACAUCUCUGUGCCAAUCAUUCUCGCUGCGUUGACGAUAUGUCGUCGCUUUUAAUACGGGCUAUUUAGAAGCAAAUAUAUUUCCAGGCAAACUGGAUCCGUAGACUUCCAAUAAAAAACGGUAAGAGUAGUAGG